AUGACGCUAUUUGUUUUCAGUUUGCUAUGUGCAUUUCUUCAAGUCAGUGAUCAAAAUCCAACCAACCAGUGGACUAUGAUGCCCCACGUUUUGGUUGUGGUGAUGGACGGCACUUUGGACCAGCAGCCCUUGAGCUGCCUGGAGCAGCCAGAGAAGCUUCUGAGGAGAGACAACAAGGAUGGGGAUAUUUCCUGGAGGAAGAACGGCGAGGAGGAAGGACAGAGAGGAAACGUAUAUCUGCUGGACCUAAAGAAUAGCUUUGCAGGGGGAAACUACACCUGCCACAGCAAGGAUGGGUCACUCCUCAAUCACACCGAGGUCCUUAUCCAAGAUGACGAAACUACCAGUAAAAGAAUUAUUGUGAAAACCGGUCAAGGAGAUCAUUUAUAUUGCUCUGCUCAAAAUUACAACGGAGAGUUCCACUGCUCUUGGACCUGGCAGAGCCGGCGCGUUGGACAAGUAGCAUUUUUAAAAGCUCGACGCAUUUCUGACGACGACGACGGCCAGUGUUCUUUGGAUGAAAGCGGUCGGCUCUGGACAUGCUCCUCGGGUCAGAGUAACUUUGGCUGUUCAGUGGACGACAGCGGACACAGGAUCUUGUGCCUGGACCAGCAACACUGCCCCUACGCCGAGGAGAGCCAGCACAUCUACGUCACGGUCUACAUGAAGUCGGGGUACCUGGUGGAGAGCUACUCCAAACACUUUUACAUGUCAGAGAUAGUGAAACCUGACAAGGUGGCGAUCACUAAAGUCAACACCACGAUGAUAGAGUGGACUUACCCGAGCUCCUGGAGCAGUCCCUACUCCUACUUCCCUCUCACUUUCCAGAUUGCACAGUUUAGGGAGCGAUGCAAAAAGUGUGACAAGCAGUGCACUGACUCAAAGGCCAUUAAGACCUCGACAGUCCACUCUACUUGUCAGUUCAAAGUCAAGCACAGGGUUAAGGCCGUCUGCAUCCGGGCGAAGGAUGUCCUAUGUAACUCCCAGUGGAGCGACUGGAGCUUUAUCAGAUUGAGGAGACACAAGAAGAAGAAACGUCAGCAAAACAAAUAACUAAUGUUACAGAA